AUGCCUAAGUCCAAGGAACUUGUGUCUUCAAGCUCAUCUGCCAGUGAUUCAGAUAGUGAAGUUGACAAAAAGGCAAAGCGGAAAAAGCAAGUAGUUCCAGAAAAGCCCGUAAAGAAACAAAAGCCUGGUGAAAGUUCAAAAGGUCCAGCUUCUUCUAAGCAAAGCAGUAACAGAGAUGAGAAUAUGUUUCAGAUUGGCAAAAUGAGGUAUGUCAGUGUUCGUGACUUUAAAGGAAAAGUCUUAAUUGAUAUUAGAGAAUAUUGGUUGGAUCAAGAAGGUGAAAUGAAGCCUGGCAGAAAAGGUAUUUCUUUAAAUCCAGAACAGUGGAACCAGCUGAAGGAACAGAUUUCUGAUAUUGAUGAUGCAGUAAGAAAACUGUAAAUACAGAGCGAU